AAUCUCUCCGAAUUCCAUCACACAAGAAGUUUUGCUUCUUCCAUCAAGGUGCCGCAAUCCCGCCCUCCUUUUGUUAUAUUCUCCGCGGCGAGAAUCUCUCACAACAUGGCCGGACCAGGCAUCUGGCGGCUUCGCUGGAACAAGGCCAUUGCUGAAGGAGCUGGAUAUUUGUUGGUUGUCAUGAUUUGCUUGGCGAGCGAGCUGCUGAUCUGGGGCCUGAGCCGGACCUUGGCCUCGGCGGGCUUGGAGUUCUUCUCGACCAUUGUCGGCUUGGUGCUGGUUUUUGCUGUGAGCACGGCGAGUUGGGCCAUGUGGAAGACGACUGACGACUUCUAUCGGAGGUGGCUCAAGAAGAGGGUUGACUUUAUCAAUGCCCACCUAGGCGCGGGAUUCUCUGUGCCGAUGAUCAUGCUGGACCAAGACGAGAUGCUCAAUGGCGGCGAGAUUGGGCGUGUCAUUGGCUCGUUCAUUGCGACCAACAUCGUGUCCUGGGUCACCGUCUUCUUCCUCUCUGUGGCGGCCAUCAGCGGAAUCGCAAAGCUAAUACCACAGGAAUCUUCGAGAAAGGGCUCAAUCAGCUCCGAAAAAAGCAUUGCGCCGUCGUCGUCAUUUGACGAAGAGAUCAGCUCGGCCGACUUGGAAGAAGAUGCUAGACCCCAACCAGCUACACAAGCACAAGGCAGGGCCUCGUGCCCGGGAAUUCCAGAUUCGGAGAGGCAAACAAGUCCAAACGAGCAAACUGCGCCAUCGAACAAUGAUGAAUCAUCUACUUGGAGCUUUCUUUCACGACACUACCCGAUUCUGCUAUCGCUGCUUCUCAUCUUCACUGUUGGCUUGCCUCUUGCUGUUGCCGCGAAUGAGGAGCGUCUCCUGGAUGGCUUCGUCCUCUGGUUCGUCUGGAUAUCCUCUGUUCGAUCUCAGCGCGCUUUCAAACACUCCCAGCUAUGCAAUUACUCUACGCCGUUGAAGAGGGGGCUGGCAACAAUGAUGAAUCCCGUCUUGAUAACCACGCUACUCAUGACAGGAUACACCAGGGCCAAGGCUUCCGUUCUGGAGCCCGGCGGCCUCACCAGGACAUUGAAAACAUUCAGCGGAGGCUCACCACUCUAUGCCAUCUGGACAUCUGCCGUCAAUGGCGUGCAGAUAACAAACAACCCAACUGGCUGGUUCGGCGCUGGCGACGCCGCGCUCUCGAUGCUUGAAUGCGGCAUUCUCAUAUGGGGCUUCAAGCUCUCAGAAUGUCGCCAUCAAAUCUUUAGCAUCGCCGGCCUUUUUUCCAUCAUACUGUGUACCGCGGCCGCAGCAGGCAACGUCGUCCUCUCUGUUCUCGCCAGUCGAGCUUUAGGUCUCAACGCGUCCGAGGCUCUCAGCUUCGCGGCCAGAAGCACAACACUUGCCCUCGCUAAACCUGCCACGGAGGCGAUUGGUGGAAACAGCCCCGUCAACGCAAUGCUCGUUGUGAGCAAUGGCAUACUGGGACAGCUUCUAUAUCCGUUCAUCUUGGACAAACUGGGCGUGAGCAGACAUGAAGACGACGACAAGACGACAGUUGCAACAACAACUCACGAAACAAUGAUGACAGCCGACGUCAACUCUAACAACACAAUACCCUUGUUCCCCAAAUCAUGGCAUCAAACCACUUCCACAACAGACAGCCCCGUCACCGUCGCCGCAGGCAUAGCCAUCGGCGUCAACGGCGCCGCAAUGGGCGUGUCCUACCUCUACGAAACACGAAGCCGCGCCGCGCCAUACGCAGCCCUGUCGAUGAUGGUCUUUGGCGUGAUGACGGUGGUGUUUACGACGGUAGAGCCGUUUAAAAGCACACUUGUUGGCUUGGCGACCCGAUAA